UGUCUUGGCUCUGCUUCUCGUGAUUAGUGCCAUGGGAAACGUAGGCCUUUUUCUCAAGGCCAGGUCAGAGAGGCACCAUGAGAGCGGUGACUACCUCUACCACCCCCUGAGGGAGAUGAAUGGGGAAGUCAGCCGUACCUCCACGUCUGCUGCCUGCAAGACAGAAGAUACUCAGGACCAAAGUCAGGCACUCCUUCAGAGUCCCGGAUGAGAAGAGAUGAGGUAUUUUACUCUGCACCUUGUACUGCGCCACUCGGCACUGACUGUUACAGAGGCUGUUCAGACUGUAUUCAGAGCGUAAAACUGCUGACUAACCCAAGAGCAGCAGCAAGAUACCUCAGUCCAAGAAACUCCCUUGUUUCUGGCCCAGCCCUGCUGAGGACAUGGCUAGCUUCCCUCCCUUCCUCGCCUGCUCUGGCUGGAGCAAACAAGACUGCGUAACUAGUUGCCAUGAGAGGAUGCAGGG